AUGCAUAUCUUCGGCACCGAGACAGCACCCAGACUAUUUCCCGCCGCGCCUGACCUGUUUCUACAGCGAAUGAUCAGUGCGUCCUUGGAGACACCGCACCUUCUGUAUGCUUUGCUAGCUGUCGCCUGCAGCCAUCACAGUCGUCUUGUGCAGGAUACCAGUUCGUCGUCGAAGAUGUCCUGUCUGAAAUUCACAAACCUUGCGAUUUCCAGCCUGCGCUUUACGAUCAGCGGCUGCAGUGAGAAACUGAGUACUGAAACCGUCGCUACGGCAAUGGCACUAUGCACGAAUGACGUCUGUAAUGGAAACAUGCAUGUCUGGAGAACACAUCUCGGUGGAGUCAGACAGCUUCUGAAUGCUUUCUUGUUGCGGGAGAAACCUUGCUGGGUUCAGGAUUCAUACAUCCAGUCCCUCGUUAAAUGGUUCAUGACCUUGGAUUUGAUUGCAGGUCUGUCGGGACAUCAUGGCCAUAUUGAUGAUGUCUGCGGCUACUCAUUGGAGCUAGUGCCGUGUCUCACCCAGCUAUCACGGCUUGUCUAUCAGCAGCAUAUCAUCGCAGGCAUACAAGAUGAAAUAUCACAACGGACGGUCUCGCAAGAUACCAACUAUCUUGAGGACAAAAUUAGGCUACUUCUUGGCAGUAGCAUCUCAGACACAACUCUGAGAAGCAAAAAAGAACUUGCCCUGGAGCUACAAUAUACCCAUUGUGCCUUCGUCCACGCCGCCCUAUUGCAUCUCCACCGCCGUGUCCAAAAGCUCCCAAUCAGUCACCCGAAAGUCAGAGCCGAUGUUACAGGAAUCAUUCAUGCCAUAGUAAAUAUCCGACCGUUCUCCGCCGCGAAUAUACUCAUUCUCUGGCCUGUCUUCAGUGCUGGUUGCGAGACUGCUAUUCACAAUGAGCGGGCUGUCAUUCAGGACAGAAUGGCCAACAUGCAAAGUCUUGGCAUGGGUAACUUUACGAGAGCUCGGGAGCUGCUGAAUAGAUUCUGGACGUCUGAAACGUCUCUGCCAUGGGAUGCUUAUUUUGCCCAGCUCGGGCUGGAAUUGGUUUUGUUUUAG